UCAAGAUCAUACAAGCUGCUCCUGAUAUUGUUCUGAGUUUCGUUGAAAGUGUCCCAUCUGAUUUGAGUGACUUAGACACAAGCCUUGUCUCACAAAACACUGAUACAGAUGACACAAUCAUACUCAGCCGCAGCUCCUCUGACAGUGAGGGACUAAGAAAAGAGCCAUGGCCAAAGGAGUUCAUUAUCCCGCCCUUCUCCCUUGAAACAGAAGGUCAACUUCAGAGGGGGAAUUCAGAAUAUGCACAUAACCAAACCAGACUGACUCCUUCAUCAAAAAUGUUGUCCGACAUACUGGAAAGAUUGGCAGAGAAGAUUUUUUCCUACAAGGCGUACCCCACUGAUGCAGACCUGAGUGAUGUUGCAGAGGCUCUGACGAGGAAACAUCCCUGCCUGAGACAACCAGACUCCUUCAAUGAGAGUUAUGGAUGGAAACUGAAGCUGAAGAGCAAGAUGUGCAACUACCGCACUCAGCUGAGGUCACAUGGACUUUCGUCUGAGCUGAUGGUGAACACACUAAAAUCCAAAUCACGAGAAGAUGCUGCUCCCUUUCCAGCAAAGAAUGUGAAAAAGGCAAGAAGAGGUGAGACCAAUUACUAUCCUCAGCCCAGUGGAGACAGUCCAGAAAACCUUGAGCAAGAAAGAGUGUCUCUUCUGACCGAAAUAAAGAUAAGAAACAAUGAGAGAACCGUACGGGAGAAGAUGGCCAGGACUUUUCAGUUCAGGAGGCAAGAGAUUGUGGAUCAGAAGCCAACCAUCGAGAACCUCAUGGAAAGAUGGCCAGCUUUAUUUCAGAUGGAAGAGGUUGAUGCAGAGUUUCUGCGGGUUACUGCAGUUCCCCUCCUGACCAGAUUUAUGGCGCACCUGGACAAGCACUCCCCACAGCUGCUGAAGAUCUUCAGAAAGAAAGGAGGGACCACUAAAGCAAAGACUGCCACGAUCCUGGAGUUUCUUGACCAGGGUGCUGAUGCAGAUAUCAGAAGGGAGUGUAUCCUCAAAGCCCUCAUCAUCUACCUGGGAGAACGUGUUGAGGACCUAAUAAAGGAAUACAUGGUCUCCCAGAAAGAUCAAGCCGAGCAGGAGCUCGAGAGGACCACCAUGGCAGUCUUCGUCUUCAGAGAGAAUUCAAGCCUUCUACAGCAGCCCCAAGACGUUGGGAUUGUCAUUGAUGGUGUGGAAGUCCUCAAUGAGUUGCCUUCUAUUGCAGCUGGGGUGGUAAUGCUCUUUGGACUUUGCUAUGCUCUUAACAUGGAGUAUCCACAGGGUUUCAGGUUCACUUUUGAGGCCCUUCAGAAGAUCCUAAUGGAGCUUGGUUCCAACAAGAUGACUUCCAAGAUUCGCAAACUCAGUAGUGAACUCAAAACUGCGCAGUAGUGCACAUUUGUGUGUGCUUAGUGUGUGCAUGUAGUUGCCACUGGCUUCUAUUGCUGAGUUAGACCACCUCAGCAGGACUUUGAUAUACAGGCUCACAGGGGCACUUAAAUUGAGUGCUUUAGUUGGAAUUUUGGUUCUUUUCAAUAUGAUGUUAAGUAAGAUGACACUCCUUCCAAGAAAUUAGCAAAUAUGUCAUUCAAAGUUAAGCUGUGUAUGUAAAGUACACAACAAUGAGAACACUCCUUUUCAAAAUCAACAUUUUGAACAACAUAUCAAUGAGCACACACGUUAUUUCCAAAAUGUGUAGAGGUAAAAAAAAUUCUGAGCUUACAACAGAAAAGUAAGGUUAAUACAUCAACACAACUUAACAAGAUGAGGAGUCAGAUGGGAGCUCAACAGAUGUUCCAUAAAACUUACUCCAUACACAUUUUUGGAAAUAACUUGUGCACUCACUUAAAUAUUGUCAAUUUUACUAUUCAACAGGUGUGUACAUUAUCGCUGUGCAUGGUACAUUGAUAUAGCCCGUAGUUUCCGCCGGCUUCUAUUAAAGAGACCAAUGUCCGUGCAUAGUUGCAUAGUGUUGGUUGCAAAGGGUUUUUGUUGUGGAGUGCUGUCGCCAUUUAAUGUUGUGCUCUGAGUUCAGAGUAUUAAGUAUUUUCUGAUUGUUAGAGAGGCAACACUCCUUAAGCAAUAAAUACCUAAUUUCAUUAAAGUUCAGAUCAGAUAAGCUUGUGGCCCAUUAAUGUGCUUUCCAUCUUUUUAAUUGUGCUUGGUAAGCCAUCUGUUGUCCUUUAUGUCAUUGCUCUGAUGUGGAGCAACAAUGACCUGUUUGUUUAUCUAAACAUGCUGCCACUUUUUUUUUCCUUCUCCUUUUUUACAUGUGAGCAACAAAUGACUUUGGAAAAAACUGUUGCUCGAGUGUGCUAGGUGUAAUGUGAGUGAUGCAAAUUGUUUUUGAUUCAAAUUAAACGAAAUAUAAAAAA